AUGGAUGUCGUCGCAGCCGUGUCCGGGUACCUAUCCCGGAUGGUGACUGUCGGCGACUCAUCCACAGCCGGCUCAGCGUCGGCCAAAAUGAAGAUCCUCCUUGUUGAUAGUGAGACAGUUUCCGUCGUUUCCACUGCCAUCACCCAGUCUGCCCUGCUCAAUCACGAAGUCUACCUUGUCGACCGAUUAGAUAACCCGUCGCGUGAGAAAAUGCGACACCUGCGCUGUCUCUGUUUCCUGCGCCCCUCCCCAGAAUCCAUCCAACUGCUCAUCGAUGAACUCAGAGAGCCAAAGUACGGCGAAUACCACCUCUUUUUCAGUAAUAUUAUUCGCAAAUCGUCCCUGGAAAGACUGGCCGAGGCGGAUGACCACGAAGUCGUUCGCGUAGUCCAGGAACAGUUCGCCGACUUUAUCGUGAUCAACCCUGAUUUAUGCUCGCUCAAUCUGGGGUUCCCAUUGCAUCGGAUAUGGAGUAAUAGUCCGGAUGCGUGGAAUGCCGACGCAUUGCGACGAUCGACAGAGGGUGUGAUUGCCAUGCUUCUUGCGUUAAAGAAGAACCCAUUAAUCAGAUACGAAAAGAACAGUUUGAUGGCCAAGAAGCUAGCCACCGAAGUCCGAUACCAGCUUACCCAAGAGGAACAAUUAUUUAACUUUCAAAAAAGCGACACCCCGCCAAUUCUCCUAAUUCUCGAUCGCCGCGAUGAUCCUAUCACGCCACUUUUAACACAAUGGACUUAUCAAGCUAUGGUACAUGAAUUCAUUGGCAUUCAAAAUGGACGUGUCAACUUACGCGAUUUGCCUGAUGUUCGGCCUGAGCUGCAAGAAAUAGUACUUUCCCAAGAUCAAGACCCUUUCUUCAAAAAGAAUAUGUACCAAAACUUUGGGGACUUGGGUGGGAAUAUCAAGGAGUACGUUGAGCAGUAUCAGGUUAAAACGCAGAGCAACACGAGCAUCGAAUCCAUCGCCGAUAUGAAACGCUUUGUGGAGGACUAUCCUGAGUUCCGCAAGCUUUCAGGAAAUGUCAGUAAGCAUGUGGCGCUUGUGAGUGAGCUCAGUCGCCGGGUUGGAGAGGACAACUUGUUGGAUGUGAGCGAAUUAGAGCAAAGUCUAGCAUGUAAUGAAAACCAUGCCAGCGACCUACGUUCGUUACAAAGGAUCAUUCAACUACCUUCUGUCCCCCCCGAGAAUAAAAUUCGCUUGGUGGCACUAUAUGCUAUCCGCUAUGAGAAGCAACCAAAUAACGCGUUUCCGGUUUUACUCGAAUUACUCACUGCGGCUGGCAAUGUUCCAGCUCAUCAAGUCAGUAUAAUCUCGAAGCUUCUAACAUAUUACCAUUCCCUCCAAGCUCCUCCAGUUGCCGGGGGCUUCUCAGACAUUUUUGAAUCCGCUUCAUUCUUUUCUGGCGCUCGUGAUCGAUUUAAAGGGCUCAAGGGUGUAGAGAAUGUCUACACACAACAUUCACCCCGAUUAGAGGCGACAUUGCAAAAUCUUAUCAAAGGUAGACUGAAAGAGUUGCAAUAUCCCUUUUUAGAGGGUGGUGGACACACAAGGGACAAACCUCAGGAUAUCAUUGUGUUCAUGGUGGGCGGCGCGACGUAUGAGGAAGCAAAAACAAUAGCGCAAGUCAACGCCAGCUCUCUGGGAAUUCGAGUGGUCCUUGGGGCCACCACUAUUCAUAACAGCACCACCUUUUUGGAAGAGGUUGACGAUGCCGUCAGCAACUGGCCCGAGCCUGCGGCUGGCUCUGCCGCCGGACGAUUAAGAAGGGAGCUUGGACGAUAA